AUGCAUCAUUCACACCUCAACUCAGCGAUGACCCAUGCACAUCAAAGGCUUUCACAACAAAACUCAAUUCCUGGAUACAUGAAACACCGUCAUCGCAGAGAACAAUCUUCUGGAUCUAUGACAUCAACGAGUCGAGAUUUUAGUACAAGUCGAGGUAUGAACCGCGAGGUUGAUUAUCCUCAGAAACAGCUCACAAGAAAACCGCGACCAGUAAGCUCACAUACCCUUAAAGAAAAACAUGCUUCCCAAACUAGAAGACAUUCAAAUUCACGUCAUUAUCCAUAUACUAACUUGCAUGAUAUGAGUGAAGAUAAAAGAAAACGAAUAACAGAUAAAGAACAAUUGUAUUCUGGUAAAAGAUUUUCAGAGAUGCAAUGCACCAAUGAUUCAUCUGGUUCAACUUCGAAUCCAAAUAGAAAGGAAUUCAACAAUCACAGACAUUUUCGCCAUUUACCAAUUAAUACAGAGGAUGCUUAUUUGCAUAGAUGUGAACAAAUGCAAAAUGCGUUACAGCAUUUAAAUCAAAAAAGAGAUAUGUACAAUAAUAGACAAAUGCAGUCAAUGAGCUCAACAUAUUCUCAACCUAAGAAGUCUAAUCUAGAUGAAAUUGUUGGUCUCGCUGCAAAUGAUUGUCAUUUGUUCAAUUAUCAUCCUUAUGGAUUCAAUGGUAUGACUGAACCACCUACUGAUUGGAACUCAACUAAAUCUCAAAUGUUUCCGUCAUACAACACAAGCACCAUCGGGGGUAACAAGCAUAAUGGACAACACUGUCAGUUUGGAUUAAAUACACUUGAAAGUUUCCAACAAGGUUGUUUAACUUCUCUAGCCAGUAUGUUAUUGUGCCCUCAUACAAUUCUACCCAUAAUGGUUGGAUUGUUUAGUAAUUUUGGAUCAUCUACUGAUUAUGUACAAAAGUUAGGCGAGGAAUUAGUUUAUUUAAAACAAUCAAAUCCAUAUUAUUAUGAUCAAGCACAAAUUGGAUUUGAAUUUUGGCCAGGAAUUCUACCACUUAUAAUUGUUAGUAUAUUAGGAUAUAUAUUAGGCUUAUCACUAGGAUGGCAAUUAGGUUUUGCGGUAGCUGUUACAGCCACAUUAUUAUACGCAUUAUUUUUUGGUGUAAUUAUAUUUGGAGUUCGUAUUAAACACUGGUCGAAAACUAUUGAAUUAGCUGAAACAAUAUCUCGUUAUAUGAGAGGGUGUAAUUUAUUAUUUAAUAUACUAUUUUAUCGUUCUCCACAAGCUCCUCGUGUUGCUCAACCUGUACGAUUGCUACCAAUCAGCAUAAAUUUGUCCACCUUUUCUACCAGUACAGAGGCAGCGGUACACUUAGCUGAGAAAAUGUGGAUUUCCAUUGAACAAAAAUAUGGUUGUUUGCCUGUUAGAUUACAAUGGGCAAGUAAAGAUGUAUAUGGUGAUUCAACGAAAACGUAUCGUAAAGUUUGUUGUCUUCCAUCAUGUAUAUGGGUAUUUGUCAAUGUGAUCACUUUACUCAGUAUGGCUACAUUAAUUGCUAUUGAUAAUUCAUUUUCAUCAGUUGAAAACAAAGAUAGUAAUAGUAAUCCAACUCCAAAAAUUGAUGGUGAUGUAAAUACUAUGACAGAAAAUUUAAAAGUAUUCAUCAUUGUCUGUGCUGUUAUAUCUGGAUUAAGUUUUCUCAUCUUGAUUGCUGCUAUUACACCAGGUGUAUUAAAAUUAAUAAGAGGUCGUCCAUUUCAACAUCCAAUUAAAAAACCAUUCUAUCCAGAUCUUGAAAGUUACACAGAUAUAACAAUGGAUAGCUGUUAUGGUAGUAGUCUACGUAAAUCUUAUCCUUUUCCUAAUUGUAUCGAAACAGGUCAAUGUGGUACAGAAUACGAUACAAAUUGUUUUACGCAUGGAGCAUACUAUAACAAUGAUUCAAGACCAUUUUUAGGUGGCUCAAAUAAAUUAACAUCAACUGCAUCAAUGGCCGCAGCAGCUGCAGCUGCGGCUGUUACCGCAGCUGAUCGUCACUGGAGACAAAUGGAAAAUGUUAAAUAUACUAAUCAUCACUAUCCACAACAAGUGUAUGAGCGUGGUCAAUUUAAGUCUAAAGAUGAAUUUGAUCUGCAGGGUAAUCUAAACAGAAUUAAUUCAAAAAUGGAUACCAAUUUCAGUGGCCAUGAUGAUGAUGAGGAUUCCAGUGAAGAAUCAAAACAAUCCGAUUCAAACGAACAUAGUUCUAAUGAAGAUGAAGAAAGUUCUCCAGCUGAUGGACCUUUAUUUAAUUCAGGAGAACAUUUAAUAAAUGGUGAAAACAUUCCAAAUUCAAAUCAUGGAACGUUUCAUAAAAAAAAUCUGUUAGGAAAUCACCAAGGUAAAGAGUACUCGAAAUCGAUAGGGAAUAACAAGCGAAGAAAGACCAUAUCUAUUGAACGUCAGAAAAACGAACAACUUCUGAGACAAUAUGUAUUAGAUGCUUGUUCGGUUUUAUCUAUGUUAGACCGUCGAAUCGGUGGUCGACAAACUCGUUUGAUAAUAUGUGUUAACGCGAUCACCGGGACAGUAGAAAAUUCAGCAGCGACUAAGAAACUUUUGGAUUUUAUGCAUCUCUUAGAUCAUAUUCUAAUGAAGCCACCAACUGGAGGUAAAAGUUAUGAUGUCCCUUUAAUUCUUGCUCCAAUUGGAGCUACAGAAGGUGUAAUGAAUGACAUACCACCUACAGUCUGGAUACCUAAUGCUGUUAUGAUUAUCGCAGCUAAUAUCUCAGGUAUCAGUGCUAAUAAUUCAAGAACACAUACUCUCGAUUCAGUUAGUCUGAAUGAUCUUAACCAAAUGCACCGAAUGUCUUCCGCUUUGAGAUUGUCUUUGUCAAAUUCUUCAGGAGGAUUCAAUCCUAAGAUUUGGUAUUCUAUUCAUCAGUUGUGUCAUUUACCCAUAUACAUAGAAGAUGAACCACUUUGUUUCAGAGUAUAUGAUCAGAUCAACGAACAACCAUUUAUUAGCCCUGCACGCUCAGCAUCAAAUGUACAACAAUCGCACCAAGAGAAAAAGACUGAAGUGUCUCAGCCAAAAUCAAUGAUCGAUCUUUAUGUGGGCAAACAUGAUUUAUUGCAUUUCAAUAAAAAAAGAUUUCGUCAUCUUUUGACACUGACAGCUUUUACAGGUCGUAUGGUGAAACUGGAUAGAUUAUUCACCCAACGCAUAAUUUAUCAAAGUGGUCAAAAAAGUUUAUCAUAUCUAAGUGCUUUACAAUAUUUUGCUAACGAACCUUCGUUAAAUACACUUGUGACGUGGUUAUGCUUUUUAACACAUUGGCCAUUUCAUGCUGCAUGGUUAGGUGUAUUUAUUGAAAAUUAUCAAAAGUGUGAAAUCAAAGAACGUAAUAAUUAUUUAUUAACUAAUCAAACCUCGCGUUCACAACCUGAAGGUCUUAAUCGAACACUAAAUGAUACUAAUCCGUCACAAUUUGGAAUGGAACAAUUGGCUCCAAGUUUAACUGCUCUAUAUUCACGUGUAAUAAAAAGAUUUGGACCAAUUAUUCAAGCAGUACGUCUAAAAGCAUUGUCUGCAUCAUUUCUAGCUACUAGUGGAGUAAACUCAAUAUCGGGAACAUUUCAUACUAACACUGAACCUCCUCUCAUAACCAAUGAAUUAUUGACAAGUAUUAAUAAAACUUUAAAAAUCUGUGAAAUUGCUUUUUAUGAUAAAGAUCCAACUAAACUUGGUGAAUUUCUAAGAUCAUGUGAUUCAAAUAAAUUAGAUUCGACUAUUUUACAAAGUGGAUCAGUUACAAUUCAUCAGCUUUUGAGAAUUAUGAAGUUAACACCAUUUAUAAAUCCACAAAUGAGCAAUUGGAUUGCAGAAUCACUGCUUCCUAAGAUGAAUAAACUCGAAAACAAUAACGAACAAAAUGUGAUAGAAAGAAAACCAACCAGUUCAAGAAGUAGUCGACGUUCACAUACAUUUAAUAUGACUGAAGAUCAUGGUAUUGUUUUACCAACUAAUGUUACAGAAAUCAAAAAGGAUUCAUUUAGAUCAUGCAUUGCAAAACUUAAGGAGACAGUUCCAAAGAAACCUUUAAAUCAAUUUACAGUGAAUGAAGUAUGUCAGUUGGUUGAAAGAAUAGUGAUUUUAACUAACAAAUAUUUCAAAAGUAAUAAAAUGGGUCUCUGUCAAGACUCAAGGUCACAUGAUCACUUAAUUAACAUUCAGAACAAUUCAGAUUUAACUAAAAGACUAAGUUCUGAAGAGUCUGAAACACUAAUUAAUGAUCCAAUGCCACCAGCAGCUGUAAACACAACAUCGGAUAAUAUAACUGUAUCAUCAACUAUUAGACGUUAUACAGAUUCUAUAAGAAAGUUCAAUAUCACGGGAAGUGUGCUAGAUCUAUGUCCUUUAAAGGAUCUAGAAGUCAAACUUAACAUAUCCCCUAUUGACUGGAAAUUAUUUUGUGCGUUUAUACAGCACUUGAAACAAACUGAAUGUGAAGAAAUGUUGAUAUCAGUAAAAUCACAAAAUUCCAACACGCAAUUCACAGUACCAUGUAAACAUUUAGCUCAAAAUUAUCCAAGAAUUAUUCAGAGUUCUAGAGAUAAACUUAUUGAAACAGACAAAUCGUCAGUACUAUCUGAAAUAAGGAAAGAUCAGCUACAGAUGAACACAAUAAGUGAUACAAGUUUGACGGUAAAAAGUGCGCCAUUAAUAAAGCACUACGAAUUGGACAAUGAUGUAAGACAAAAUGAGCGUAAUGAUAAAGCAAACCAAAUCAGUGUAAUGCAUAACAACAGAUCUAUGAGCAUGUUAGGUGUAAACAGAUUAAAUGAUACUGAACAUGCUAUAAACAGCAAUAUUCAUGUACCACGAUAUGAUCGUACAAUGGCAAUUUCCAAACUGAAAACUAAAUCGCAUCAUCAUCCUAAGGCGAUGGAACAAACAAUUAACUCUACACAAUUACCUUGUGAAAAGCAUCACUAUACGUUAUCACCUCAAUCACGACAAACAUAUAAUGAUGAUAAAUAUGUUAAAUCACAGUAUGAAUCGAAAUCACAACAAUAUCCUUAUAUUGUUCAGCCACAUUUACAUCAUAAACCAAAGCAUCAAAAACCGUCUGAAUGUAAAACGCCGUGUGAUCAAAAUGAAUGUAACUGUUGCAUGCACAAUACAGUGACACAAGAUGCUCUGACAGUGUGUCAUGGUCAUACUCUACCUCAUAACUCACAUAUUUACCAACAGAAACAAAAUCACCACCAAGAAACACGCGAGUGUGUCAUACCUCCUCAUCUAUCGUCAAGCGCUGCCUCUUGUAAUCAUCACCGUAAGCUGAUUACUGGUAACGAUUUAGCGACGACAACAGCAGCCUCAGCAACAGAACAAGAAGAAUCACCAAACGAAAACUUGGGAAUAUCAAUUCAUCGAUGUUUACAGUGCGAACUUCCAUUUAAUACUGAGCUUAACCAUCAAUGUGUGCAACAAUAUAUUGCUGAUUUGUAUAAUUCACAUAAACAAGUCAGUUCAAGUGCUCUUUAUUCUUGUAAAACUGCUGAAUUGAUGCAUCAUUCUCUAGAGUUAGCGCACAUUCGUAGCCAUGAACUUAAAAAGGUAACACAAUCCCCUUCUAUGCGUCAUUUUAAUACAGUCAAUGAUUUUCCGGAAAUCAACAAAAAAGACUCAGCUUCUACCUCAUUAGCUGGUGAAAUCGGUGAUGAAGUUGCUGAUAUGAGUCAACUUAGUAAUUAUGAAGAUGAUAAUGAUGAUGGUUUUUUAUUAUCUGGUCAAAAAUUAGAAGGAAAACGAAUCAAUAAAUCCUCAGCCACCAUUAUAGAUAGUGAUGCAGUACUAUAUCAACAUCCAUGUGAUUGUAAUUACUGGUAUGCACAUGAACAACAAGCACAACAUCAAGAACAUAAUCAAUUAGGAUUAAUUCAAAAUGAACCAAUUAAACCUCCUGAUUAUAAAAUUAAUUCUAAUCACCAAGAUCAGCUAAAUUCUAGUUUGGAUACAUUAAGUACUACAACAAAUACUAGCAGUAAUGGUAGCAGUAAUACUAGUAUAAUUAAUGAUAAUAUAAGUAAACAUAGUCAAUUAGAUAUCAAUUCAAUAAACAGUUGUGAUCAACUUACAUCAGAAUGUUCUAGUGAUAAUACAAUGAAUUCAAAAUGA